AUGUUACCUGUUUGGUGCGCAUUACAUGGACAAACAGUAGAAUUAUUUCAUGAACAAAGAGUUUGCUUUUCAUUAAAGGGAGCAAAAAUAAUGAUGGUUUCAAGUGAAGAAUAUAAUUUACCACCAGAAUUAUUACAAACAUAUAAAUAUUCAAUAAUGAUUAAACCAGUAAGUGAUGAAGAAAAAGUAUUUUUCUUUUGUGAUGAAUUAAUGUUUAAAAGAUGGACAAAGUAUAUUAAUGAUAGUGUUGAAGGUAAAGAUCUUGAAGGAUCAAGUUUUACAUUGUCACAAAGAGAUAGUAAAACAUUUCAAAAAAUGAGUAAAAUAAAAGUAUUAUUUGCUGGUGCAGAACAUUUAUUACAUGAUGAAAUUGGAACUAUAUUUAAUGAAAUUUCAUUAAAUACAACAAAAGAAGGGAAUGUUUUAAUGAAACAAAAAGUCGGAUUAAAAAAAAAAUAUUUACCAGUUUAUAUUGUUGUUUCACCACCAUUGUUACUUAUUUUUCAAUCACAAAAUGAUUAUAAAAACAUAAAACCUUUCGCUAUUUUAAAUUUAUUAAAUAUCACUGUUAAAUUAUCUGAUCAUCAUGAAAAUACUAUCAUUCUUCAAGGAAAAAAAAAUUUGUUUUUUAAAACAGGAUUUGAUAAUAAAAAAUUAUAUUAUUAUAAGGAUCUUUGUUGCUUUUGUAUUGAAAAAGAUCAAUUAUCUUCUUGGAUGACAAUUAUUAAAGCAACAGUUGAUUUGGUUUGGAGAGUUUGGGGUGCAAUGAUGUCUGCUCAACCAUUCGAUCCUUCACUCUUUGGAAGUGUUAAUGAGUCUAGUGUGGAUUCGGAAGAAGACCGUAAAGACCAACAAAAUCAAACAAUUCCAAUUAUUGAUUCUAUUGGAUCAUCAAGGAUGAAGAAAACUCAAAAAGAACAAAGAGGUUUAAAUAAAAUUAAUUCAUUUGAUGAAGUUGUUGAAAAAAAAAGGAAAGAAGACUUAGAAAAAUUAAAGAAAGCAAAAGAAGAACUUUCUAAAUUAGAAGAAGAAAAAAUUGCAGCAGAAAAAGAAAAAGAAGAGGCAAAUGAAAAAGUUCAAAAAUUAGAAGAAGAAAUGAGAGAAAAGAAGAUUGAGAUUGAAAAACUAAAAGUAGAGAGGGAAGAAUCUUUUAGAUUAUUGAAAGGACAAAAAGAACAAAGUUUAUGUGAAAUUCAACGUGUAGAACAAGAAAAGGAAAAGAAGAUUAAAGAAGAAGUUGAAAAGGCACAUCAUUUAAGAGAAAAAGAAUUUGAGGAAUUGUUGAAACGAAUUAAAGAACUCGAAGCAAUCAAUUUAGAAAAUGAAUAUAAUAAAGAUGAAAUUAAAAAGAAAUGUCUUGAAAUAUCAAAUAUUCAAGAAGAAAAAGAAGAAUUAAUUUUAAGUAUCCAAGAGAUAAAAGAAGAAAAUGAAAAAAGAAUAAAAGAAAUUAAGAAUUUACAAGAAAAUAAAGAAGAAAAUGUUCGUAUUUUUGAAGAAAUGAAAAAAGAAAUUGAAGAAAGAGAAAAAGAGUUAAUAAUUGAAAGAAAACAAGAAAUCGAAUUACAAAAUGAAGUUCAAAGAAUAACUAAUAAAAGUAAUAACGAUGUAGAAAAAUUAACUAAUCAAAUUGAAGUAUUACAAAAAGAAAUAAACAAUCAAAGAAGUCUUUUACAAGAAAUUGAAGAAAAAAAUAAAUUCUUUAACAAUGAAAUUAAAGAAGCAAAAAUCAAAGAACAACAAACAAAAGAAUUUUUUACAGAAGAAAUGAAUCAAAUAACAAAAAAAGGAGAAGAAGAAAGAAAUAGAAUAAUGAAAGAAAAUGUUAUAAUGAAAGAAGAAAUAGAAAAACUUAACAAAGAAAAAGAAGAAAUUAAUGAAAAAUAUAAUAAAAAAGAAAUAGAAAAUGAAGGUGAUAAAGAAAAAUUAAAAAAUGAAAUACAAAAACGAGAAGAAAUUGAAAAUGAUAAAACUUCUUUACAAAACCAAAUUUUUCAAUUAAAAAAAAUAAUUGAAGAAUUAGAAGAAGGUAAUAAUUCUAAUACAAAUAAAAUUAAUGUAUUAACCGAAGAAUGUUCAAAGAAAGAUAUCGAAAUUGAAAAUAUUAAAAAAGAAUUUGAACAAGAAAUAAAAAAUGAAAGAGAAAAACAAAUUAAAGGAAAAGAAGAAGAAAUUAUCAAAAUAAAAGAAGAAAUGAAAAUGGCAGAAGAAAAUUAUAAAAAUAAUAUUUCAACAAUUAUAACAAAAAAGGAUUUAGAAAUAUAUCAACUAAAAGAGGAAGAACAAAAUAAAGAAAAAGAAAUUGAUAUAUUAACAAAUCAAAAAGAAAUUAUUUCAAAUGAAUUGAUUACUAAAAAAGAAGAAAAUGAAAUAUUAAAAGAAAAAAUAAAUGAAACACUAAAAGAACUUAAAGAAAAAGAAGAAAGUAAUAAUCAAUAUCAACAAAUAAAUGAAGAAAUGAAAGAAAAAUUAAAAGAAAAAGAAAAUGAAAUUAAAAUAAAAGAAGAAAAAAUAACAAAUAAAGAAAAAGAAAUGGAAGAAUUAAAAAAUAAUUGUAACAAAUUAGAAAAAGAAAAUGAAAAAAGAUUUAAAGAAAAAAUUAAUGAAUUAAAUAAAGAAAUUGAAGAACAAAAGAAAAAUAUUAAAAACAUUAAAGAAGAAGAAUAUUUAUUUGCUGAUAUAAUUUUAGAUAAUGAAGAAAUUAAAGAAUUAAAAGAAGAAAUGAUUCAUUCAAAAUUAAAUAGAAAAAUGAUAGAAUUCAUAAAAAAGAAAGAAAUGGAACAAUUGAUUAAUGAUAAAAAAGAUUUGGAAAUUCAAUUAUCAAAAUAUCAAAUAGAAAAUCAAAAAAUAAAAAAUCAAAAUGAUGAACUUAAAAAAAUAAAUCAAACAAAGGAAAAUGAAAAAGUAUUAUUAAAUGAAAUAAAUGAAAUACUUCAAAAUAAAAUUAAUGAAUUAAAAGAAAAAGACAAAAUUCAAGAAGAUGAAAAUAACAAACUUCAAAGUGAAAUUACAAAUUAUUCAAAAACAAUAACAUCAUUAACAGAAAAAAUAGAACUAUGUAAAACAGAAAAUACAAAAAUAGAAAAUAAAAUUCAACAAAAAGAAAAUGAAAUAGAAGAAAUAAAAAAAGAAAAGGAAAUUGCAUUAGAAGAAUUAAAUUAUGAAAUUAAAAAGAAAAUCAAAGAUUUUGAAAACCAAAUUAAAGAACAGGAAAUUAUUCAAAAUAAUCAAAUAAUAACAAUUAAAGAAAAAGAUCAAAAUAUUUAUGAAUUAAAACAAAAUAUUGAAAAAAUGAAAAAAAUAAUUGAAGAAACACCAUUAAAAGAACAUGAAGAAGAAAAUAACAAAAUUCUUAAAUUAAAAGAAGAAAAUGAAUUAUUAGAAAAUAAAAAUAAAGAAAAUAUACAAAAAAUUGAAGUAUUAAAGAAAAAAGAAGAAGAAUUAAAUAAUAAAAUACAAUUAAUUGAACAAGAAAAAAUAAAUUUAAAUAAAGAAAUAAAUAUUGAAAUUCAAAAAUUAAAAGAAGAAUUAGAAAAUGAAAAAAAUGAAAAAGAAAAAAUGAAAGAUUUUAUUAAACAAAAAGAAAUUGAACUUCAAAAAGAAAAAGAUGAAAAAGAAUGUAUUAUACAACAAAAAAUAAGAGAUGAAAAAGAAAAAAUUAAUGCACAAGAAAGUGUUAGAAAAAUGGCAGAAAAAAUAGUUCAACAAAAAAUUGAAGAAAGUCAAAAGAAAAAUAUUUUAGAAAGUCUUGAAGAAGAAAAAAGAAAUAGAAAGAAAAUUGAAAAUGAAAAAGAAAUAAUAGAAAAAGAUAAAGAAAUAAUGGAAAAGAAUAUUAAUUCACUGAAAGAAGAAAUUGAAGAAUUAAAGAAAAAAGAUAAAAAGAAAAUUGAAGAUAUAAAAUUAAUUGAAUUAAUAAAACAACCAACACCAUAUAUUAAUGAAAUUAAAAAAGAUACAAAAAUUACUCCUUAUGGAUCUUUUAUUCUUAAUAAAAUCUUUCCAGAAAAACAACAAAUUUCUACUAUUUUAAAAAUAAUUUCAUUAGGACUUAAAAGUAUUACAUCAUUAACAAAUAUUCAUUUAGAAAAUGUGUUAAUUUGUUUUUUGGAAAUGUUAAUUAUGAAGGGAGAAGUUUUAAAACCACAAAAAGGAGAGUUUCUUAGAAUUGAAUAUCAUGGAAGUAAUUCUCAAAUUGUAAAUGCAUUAUUUGAAGUAGUAAAUGUAGAUAAUUAUAUUACAACAAUUGCUUAUGCAUUAAGAGGAAAAGCAUUUAAAUUAAAUGCACAAGCAAAAUUUGAAUGGAAACAAUCAAAAAGUAAAUGUAUUGGAAAAUUAACAAGUAAAGAAUGGUUUAUUAAAGGAUAUAUUGAAGAUAAAUUUAUUGAAAUUAUAAUGCCUCCAAUGAUUAAUGGAAGAUUUAAUGGUGAUGCUUCUGUUAUUUGUGAUGAUAAAAUUACUAUAAAUGUUCAUCAUGGAAAAGCAUGUGGAGAUAAUGGAAAUAUUAAAGUUGAUGUUAUUUUAAAAGAAAAUAAAAUUAAAGAAUUAAAAAUAAAAGUUGAAGGUGAAGAAAGUCAUGGCUUUUAUGCAGAAAGUGAAAUAUUUUGUGUACCUAUUUCAUUACAACAAAACAUGGAAGAAAUGAAAUUAAUGAACCCAGUUAUUAUUGCUGCUGAAAAUGGUAGUGAUUUUGAAGAGGUAUAUAAUAUUAUUCAAAAAAGAUAUGAAAAACAAUUAUUGGAAUUACAUUUUAUUGAAGUUCAAAAUGAAUGGAAAUUAAAAAUUGAAAAUGUCAAUGAAAAGAAUUUGAAAAAAACUUAUGAAAAGAAUGGAAUUAUUGAUGUUUUACCAGAAUCAAUUGAUAAACUCAAAGAAAAUGAAUUAAUCAAUGUUUUACAAUCUUAUCAUGAACAAAUUAAAACAAUGGGUGAAAAUAAAAAUGAUGAUAUUAAAGAAGUUACAGAGGAAUAUCAAAAAAAAUUAGAAAAAAUGGGAACAAUUCUUCAAAUAGUUGUUGUUGUUUCUUUUGCUUUAAUGGCUAUUGUGAUUAAUAUGAUGUUGUUUUAG